AUGGCAUUUGCAGAGAGGUGGCAUCCAGAGACUUCGUCAUUUCAUCUUUCUCACAGUGAGAUUACCAUCACUCUUGACGAUGUAGCAUGCCUCUUGCAUUUACCUAUCAGUGGUACCCUCAUUGGUCACGGUAGGCUGACGAAGAAGGAAGCAAUGGAGAUGCUGAUUGAGGAGCUCGAUGUUGAUCUACAUGACGCGCUUGAAGAGGUGGAGAGGAUUCGCGGGGCACACGUGAGGUUUUCCUUCUUGCACUGGAGAUAUGAUGUCGAGCUUCUUACGACACAUGAGACUGCUGGUGACCCAGUAGAGGUGGAGAUACACAAAGAGCGGGUGUUGAGAUGUUACUUCCUAUACUUGUUAGGCACCCAGCUAUUCGUGGACACAAGCUCGUCGUACAUAGACGUCGUUUACCUGAGGUACUUAUCGGAUAUCACACGUGUCCAUAAGUUAGGGAGCGGCUACACUAGCAUACAACUAUCAUAG